AUGCCGGCCAAGGACACAAGAAGCGAGGCGGCGGCCUCGGCCGAGGGUUUCACCCCGGAGAGGUUCGAGAAGGAGCUAAAGGAGCUUGCCACAAAGGCCCGGAACGACACCUGGACCAGACGCGCCGCUCGGCAAUUGUCCGCCUACGCCAAGGCAGCCUUCCUGCUCGCCCUUCUCGCCGUCUACUCCAACGUCUCGCCUCUGGCCCUGUCGCCCGUCUACGGAUCCAUCCCCGCCACGAUAUGGCACUCCAAGCUCCUCAUGACGAGCUGCUUCGUCGGCUGGGCUGGCAACGUGGCCCUGCGCCAGUUCCUGCCCGUCAGGACGGCCCUCUUCCUCCCGCUCGUCGCCCUGUACAUUCCCGCCGUCCAGUGGUUUUUGCUCGGCUACAGCAGCCUGCUCGGUCCCAGGUGGGGACCCGUCGUGACCGAGGCCGUCACCUUGUUUCCCCUGGCCGUCCUCACCGCCGCCGUUGUGGCCGACCAUCUCGAGACGACGCGCCUCAAGAUGUUGCCGGCCUUUGUCGCCGACGCCGCGCCGGGCCUCGGAUCCUGGGCCUGGCUCAAGUUUGUCGAGCAGUUUGCCGCAAACCACCUGCGGGCCAACAUGGGCCGGGCCGUCCUCUACACCCGGCUCGGCUUGGAGCUGGCCCUCGGCGUCGUGUACGCCGUAUUUGUCCCCUCGAAGCUCCUCGCCUACGCCGUGCCCCCGCUCCUCCACGCCCUUCUUUUCAACACCCACGUCCCCUCCCCCGCGGCAACCUCGUCUCUCGUCAGCUCCAUGAUGACGGAUGGCUGGCUGCUGCUGGACCGCCGCGAGUCGGUGACGGGCUACGUUUCCGUGCUGCAGAGCAUGCAGGACGGCUUUCGGGUCAUGCGGUGCGACCACAGCCUCUUGGGCGGAGACUGGAUCGACAAGCGCCAGAGCAAACUGCCCGAGCCAAUCUACGGAGUCUUCGUCAUGCUUGAGGCUGUGCGCCUGGCCGAGACGGAAACCCCCGUGCCGGACAAGGACGCUCACGCCUUGGUUGUAGGUCUCGGGGUGGGAACUACGCCCUCGGCUCUCGUCACCCACGGCAUCAACACGACUGUCGUGGAGAUUGACCCGGCCGUCUACGACUACGCCGCAAAGUACUUUGAUCUCAAAGAGAACAACCCUCCUGUGUUGGAAGACGCCGUUGGCUACACCUCGGCGCUGACAGCUACCGCGCCCGAGACCUUCGACUACAUUGUCCAUGACGUCUUCACUGGCGGCGCGGAGCCAGUGGAUCUGUUUACCCUUGAGUUUCUGCAAGGGCUUGCGACGCUGCUCAAGCCAAACGGAGUUGUUGCCAUUAACUAUGCUGGUGACCUUGCCCUGCCGGCGCCCGGGAUUGUGUUCCGCACCAUCAAGCACGUCUUCCCGACAUGCCGCAUUUUCCGCGAGGUUCCACGAGACGACGUGGCCCUCAAGGAAGUGGGCGUCGACUUCGCCAACAUGGUCAUCUUCUGCACCAAGACCAGCAGCCCGCUCACUUUUAGGAUGCCCACGCAAGCAGAUCAUCUCCAGAGCGCAAUCAGGCAAGAGUUUUUGCGGCUUCAACACGAGAUCCCCCAAACAGAGCUUCUGUCUGGGGACGAUGCUAGUAUCCUGCGCAAGAACGACACCGGCGCGCUGGUCGCGUGGCACGAGCAGAGCGCCCUGGGCCACUGGGCCAUCAUGAGAACCGUCCUGCCUGCCUGGGUGUGGGAGCGGUGGUGA